UUGGACUCUAAUAGCCCAGAUGAAUAUUUACUCGGAGUUCAAACACUUAGGCGUAAAGGCAGAUACACUGGCAUCCUGUACUGCACCAAUAAAGCAGCCAAGGCUGAGAUACUAGCUUUAGGAACUGUCAACAUCAAUGGAGAACUUAUACCGCUUCUCCCAUAUGGUGCGGAUGUGCUGAGACCUGCAGAGAGAGUGUCUAUCCAUGGCAUUCCCUUACAUGUCAGCAAUAGUGAAGUUGAGCAGUGGAUAGCAGAACGUGUCGACAUAACAACACCAAUACAAUAUGCAUAUAAAGAGAAGGGUGCCUUGAAAAUCAACUCAGGCAACCGCUUUUGCUAUGGACAUGUUAAACCAGGAAUUGUAUUCCCAAGAUUCAACACUUUUACAACUUCUGAUCCAUUAGAUCGUCAAGAAUUGAUUGAUAUUGAUACUGUUGUUUACAUAAACAGUCAGAUAAUAAAUUGUGCCAGAUGCAAGCGUCUUGACCACACUAGCAAAGAUUGCCCUGAACGGCAAACUUAUUCGUGUAGGAUCUGUCGAGAGGAAGGGCACUUUGCACGCGAGUGUCCUUCUCGUCAACCUGAAGCAGAGAACGAUACAGCCAAUGUGGCUCCAACCGCAGGCAUCCAACCAGCCACUGGGGCAGCUACAGAUGCAGCUCCUCAGGAGAACAUGCAGCCAGUUACUCAGGCAAAUACACAGAUGGCUAACCAGUCAUCUAUGCAGACAGAUAUGCAAUCAGCUCAAGACACCAACAAGAAGAAACUCGAAGGCAAGCAAACACAUACAAACAAUAAAAAUGUCAAGGGAAACGGUAAAAAACAAGGGAGUAACAGCAGUGGAGGAUUGGCAAUUGAAAUUUUUCAUGAUGCUACAUCUGUAAAAAGUACAUCUGUUAAAGAAACACCAUGCAACCCCAAAAAAAGACCUCCAAAUUUUACCCCACCUAGUAUUGAAAAGUCAAGAUUGGAGAAAAAACCAAACAAAUAAAUGUAUAAACUCAUCAGCAUUGUGUUUUAACAUAUGAAAGUAGGUUCUUUAAAUGUAAAUGGAUUGAAAAACAAGAGAAAGCGAAAGGCAAUUUUUGAUUGGUUAAGAUCAUACAAUCUUGAUAUAAUUUUACUCCAGGAAACAUAUUAUAAUGA